AGUAUCUAAGUAUUUGUUAUUCCCUUUAAUAGGAAUAAAUUCUAAUUUAAGUGUAAAUUAAAUUGGUAUUUCAUUAUUUCUAAACGUAUAGUAACUAUUAAUCAUAAAUCAAUAUUAAUUGAUACAUUACUUAAUUAAAUUAUUUUAAUUCUGAGAUAUAUUUUCAAAAAUGCAGUUCAUCAUAUUAAUAAUUCCACUAUUGAUGUUAUUAGUUAAUGGAUGCAAUGCGGAUUAUACAACGAAUGAAUGUUCAUUACUUGGUUUCAACAAAGCUAAUCUUUUGUGUUCAUCUUGUGAUCAACUUAAUAAGUUUAAAUUAUCAUCCUUAAGAGAUCACUGUUUAAAUUGUUGUCAAAUGGAUCAAGAAAAAUCAAUUAAAAUAUAUGCAAAAGCCAGAUUGGAAGUCUGUACAUGUAAAUUUGGUGCUUAUCCUCAGAUACAAGCAUUUAUAAAAAGUGAUCGUCCUAAAAAAUAUCCAAAUUUAACUAUUAGAUAUGUGCGUGGAUUGGAUCCAUUAAUUAAACUCAUGGAUAGUAAUGGAAAUGUAGAAGAGGUUUUAGCAAUUGAGCGGUGGGACACAGAUACAGUGGAUGAAUUCUUAAGUACUCAUUUAGAACAUAUUGAAGAUGAUUAUCGAUCAAAUUUAGUAUAAAAAUACAUACAUUCCUUACUUUUUUUUUUUUUUUUCAGAAAAAUAAUUUAUUUUAUUUAUGCCUUGUAUGAUAAAUUUAUUAUUUGUGUCUGAGUGUUAUUACUCAUAAUAUAUAUUUUAUUUUGUGUAAUGUGUUGUUGCACAAUGUACAAGAUAUCCUUAUUUUUUAAGAAAUAUGUGAAACUAAUAUAAUGUGGUUUUGUCUGUA